UGCCAUGUACAUGACGGGUUAAAUAACCCCAACUCGCCCAGCACAUCCACCCAAGACCUCCUCCAUCCCACGUUCCGACUUUCUGCAUCGUCGACCUGCCCCGCAGUCAAUCUCUACCACGCACACAACCCCUACUUACACCUACGGAGUACACUACAUACACCAUCAAUACCAGUAACCCCGCCCGUCUCGUCUCUGACGCAACACACACCGCCGCCUGCCCCCGAUUCUCCCGUCGUCGUACACGCGAUUGAACCCUGAGCGUCGCAUUCGAGACACUUUAAUGUCGUAUCCAGGCCAUUACGGCUACGGCGCCCAGCCGCAUGGCCAAGGCUACGGCCAGCAGUACCCUCCGCCUCCCCAGGCUGGCUACGGCGGAUCGCCAUACCCUCCUCAGGGUGGCCAAUAUCCUCCGCCCGCCGGCCCUCCUCCCGGUCAGUACGGUGCACCUCCGCCGCAGCAGGGCGGCUAUUACCAGCAACCCCCGCCCAGCCAGUAUCCUCCCCAGGGAGGAUACUACCCCCCUCCCGCCGGACCUCCCACGGGCCAAUAUCCACCGCCCACUGGUCCUCCUCCCGGCCAAUACGGCGCACCUCCCCCGAUUCCUCCCUCGCCCUACGGGCACUCGCCUGCGCCCGGAGGCUACGGCGCACCGCCGCCCGGCCCGCCACCCGGCCAGCAGUAUGGCGCUCCUCCUCCGCAGCACUAUGGACCUCCGACGCCCCCGUCGUUGGGCUACGGCCCGCCCCAGAUUAUCCAGUGGGACGGUUCGCCCGACGCCGCGGCCGCGCGGGCUGCGAUGAAGGGCUUCGGCACCGACGAGAAAGCACUGAUCCGAUGCCUGGCGACCAAGGAUCCCCUGCAGAUCGACGCCAUCAGGUCCGCCUACAACAGAAACUUCAAGCGCGAUCUCGAGCAGGACGUCAGGAAGGAGACGAGCAGCUGGUUCCAGAAAGGCUUGGUGUCCAUCGUGCGCGGUCCUCUUAGGUCCGACAUUUACAACCUAUACGAGGCGAUGGACGGGGUCGGCACCAAGGAGAGUGUCCUCAACGACGUCCUGCUCGGACGAUCCAACGCCGACAUGCAGGCCAUCAAGAGCGCGUACCAGCAGACCUUCAAGCGACGCCUGGAAGACGACGUCAAGGGCGAUCUCAGCAUGAAAACGGAGAGGCAUUUCCUAAUCGUCCUCGGCGCCAACAGGGCGGAGGACUCGGCGCCCGUCGUGCCACAGCAGGUUGACUCGGACGUCAUGGAGUUGUACAAGGCCACCGAGGGCAAGCUCGGCACCGACGAGAUGCUCGUCUGCAGCAUCCUCAGCACCCGCAACGACAACCAAAUCCGCGCCAUCAACCAGGCGUACGAGCAAAAGUUUCGCAGAAAACUCGAGGAUGUCAUCAAGAGGGAAUUUUCCGGCCACAUGGAGGACGCGCUCCUCUUCCAGCUCCGCCACGCCGUCGACAAGUACAUGCACGCCGCGCAGCUCCUCGAGGACUCGAUGGCGGGUCUCGGCACCAAGGACCACCUCCUCGUGGCGCGCGUUGUGCGGUUCCACUGGGACCAGAACUUCCUGGCCAAUGUCAAGGGCGCGUACCAGGCCAGGUACCAUCGCAGCCUGGCGAGCAGGAUCAAGGGCGAGACGAGCGGGGACUACGAGAGGUUGAUGCUCGCGUGCAUCGGCGAGAACAUUUGAGUGGACGGGCGCGCAGUUGAGGAAAAGGAAAAAAAAAAGACUGAAAUGAUACCCUGGGUUGGGACGGACUUUUGUCAUGAUGAUGCCUUGGGAACCGAUAAGGUGGAGUGGGGACUGGGCUCGGCUAGCUGGUCAUAGAGGCCAUAAAGGAAUUGGGAGCAUGACACUACCAAUUGAAAACAAAGAGCCUAUACGAAUAUAAUUACAGAGUUACAUGGUGAUUGCACGGAUAUUGAACGGCU